CUAAAACCCUAGACGCAAGACGACGUCGUUCGAAGACUUAGUAACAGAAGAACUAAAGCGAAAAAUGGAGAAGGCGAUCGAGAGACAAAGAGUACUGCUUCAUCAUCUUCAACCUCUUCCCCCGUCUUCUUCUUCACAUGCUUCUCUCUCUGCCUCAGCUUGCUUAGCGGGAGACAGUGCUGCGUAUCAGAGGACCUCUCUAUAUGGAGAUGAUGUUGUCAUCGUUGCGGCACAAAGGACAGCACUUUGCAAGGCAAAACGUGGAAGCUUCAAGGAUACGUAUCCAGACGAGCUUCUUGCACCUGUGCUGAGAGCGGUGAUAGAGAAAACAAAGUUAGACCCAAGUGAAGUUGGUGACAUUGUAGUUGGUAAUGUUUUGGGAUCAGGAUCUCAGAAAGCCACUGAGUUCAGGAUGGCUGCCUUUUAUGCUGGUUUCCCCGAUACUGUUCCCAUCAGAACCGUGAAUAGACAGUGUUCAUCCGGGCUUCAGGCUGUUGCAGACGUUGCUGCUGCCAUCAAAGCUGGGUUUUAUGACAUUGGCAUUGGGGCUGGGCUGGAGUCCAUGACAACCAGUCCAAGGGGAUGGAAAGGAUCAGUCAAUCCAAAGGUGAAGAAGUUUGAACAAGCACAAAGUUGCCUUCUUCCAAUGGGUAUUACUUCAGAGAAUGUAGCACACCGGUUUGGUGUCUCAAGAGAGGAGCAGGAUCAAGCUGCUGUUGAUUCUCACAGAAAGGCCGCUUCUGCUACUGCUUCCGGUAAAUUCAAGGAUGAAAUAACCCCCGUUAACACCAGGAUUGUUGACCCAAAGACAGGUGAGGAGAAACCCAUAACAGUUACUGUGGAUGAUGGGAUUCGACCUAGCACAACCCUUUCCGGCCUUGCAAAGCUAAAGCCCGUGUUUAAGAAAGACGGAUCCACAACUGCUGGGAAUUCUAGCCAAGUAAGUGAUGGUGCAGGAGCAGUUCUCCUCAUGAAGAGGAGUGUCGCAAUGCAGAAAGGGCUUCCCAUUCUUGGUGUAUUCAGGACAUUUGCUGCAGUUGGUGUGGACCCAUCGGUUAUGGGAAUUGGGCCAGCUGCUGCUAUUCCUGCUGCAGUCAAGGCAGCUGGUUUAGAACUCGAUGACAUCGACUUGUUUGAGAUCAACGAGGCAUUUGCAUCUCAAUUUGUUUACUGUCGGAACAAGCUGGGGCUAGACCCGGAGAAGAUCAAUGUCAAUGGAGGGGCUAUAGCCAUUGGACAUCCGUUAGGCGCUACAGGCGCCAGAUGCGUUGCAACGCUGCUGCACGAGAUGAAACGUCGUGGUAAAGACUGCCGUUUUGGAGUUGUGUCAAUGUGCAUAGGGUCGGGAAUGGGAGCAGCCGGAGUGUUUGAGAGAGGAGACAGCGUGGAUGAGCUCAGCAACGUCCGGAAAGUGGAAUAAUAAUAGGUCUCUUUGACCAAGGAACAUCGCUAGAGACUUUAACAAACAACACAAGUCACUAGCAGCUAGUAAUAUAGCUAUUACAAAUAAACAUUAUUAUGAAUAAUCGUGUCUUUAACAUGUAAAAUAAAUUGAAUCAUAUUAAUAAAAUCAUACUUGAAGAUAUUGUUCGA